AUGUCUUUUAUCAACAAGUUUAUUGAUAAAGCAAAAGGCGCUCGCCAGCAAAGUCAACCCGACCAUCAUACCCCACAAAAUAGCAACACUAGCAGUAAAUCCAUCUCCUCCAUUGCAACACAUUCUACAAAUCAUAGCUCCUCUCAUCAGACUGAUUUCUCUACGGUCAAGUCGUCCACAUCUUCCUCAAAUCAUCACCAUACCAAACAAGAUGAAGAUCUAGAAGAUUUGAUUGAUUCCCUUCAGCAGCUGAAAAAAGAUAAACCUGCUAAAUCAGACAUGUCGGCAUCUUCAAACACAACCGCAACGACCGCUACAACAGCAGCAGCAAAGAGCAUAAAUGAAAUACAGCCACAGCCGAUGCAACACCAGCGUAGUAGCAACCGAUCCACACCCACUUACACUUCGGUAUACAAUGAUCAGUCAAUCAUUAAGCAACGUCAGGAUCGCCCUCGACUCAAAUUAGCGGACUUCAACAUGUUGCGUACGCUCGGCACAGGUUCAUUUGGUCGUGUUCACCUUGUCCAAUCUCGUGUUAACGCACGUUAUUACGCUGUAAAGGUAUUGAAGAAAUCCGAAGUUGUUCGGCUGAAGCAGGUGGAGCACACAAACAACGAAAAACACAUUUUGGAAUCAGUAGCACAUCCCUUCUUGGUGAAUAUGUGGGGUACUUUUCAGGAUACGGUGAAUCUGUACAUGGUGAUGGAUUACGUUCCUGGCGGUGAAUUGUUCUCGGUACUUCGUCGGUCAAAGCGAUUCCCUGAUCAUGUCGCCAAAUUCUACGCUGCUGAAGUGAUUCUUGCUAUCGAGUACAUGCACUCGAAAAAUGUCAUUUAUCGCGAUUUGAAACCUGAGAAUCUAUUGUUGGACAGUCAAGGACACAUCAAGAUUACUGAUUUUGGUUUUGCAAAGCAUGUUCCUGAUAUUACUUGGACAUUGUGUGGUACUCCCGAUUACCUAGCCCCAGAAAUCAUUCAGUCAAAAGGUUACGGUCGAGCUGUGGAUUGGUGGAGUUUGGGUGUUUUAGUUUUUGAAAUGUUGGCAGGCUAUCCUCCAUUUUAUGACGACGAUCAUCUCAAGCUGUACGAAAAGAUUCUUGCAGGUCGCGUCAAAUACCCUCAGUAUUUUAUACCCAAUUCCAAAGAUUUAUUGAAGCGUUUAUUAACUGCUGAUUUGACAAAGCGUUAUGGUAACUUGAAGGAUGGUAGUGAGGACAUCAAGAGACAUGCAUGGUUCCAGGGCGUUGAUUUCAACCGGGUGUUGGCUCGUCAAAUUAGACCUCCUUAUGUCCCCAGCAUUCGUGGUGAGGGUGAUGCUAGUCAUUUUGACAGAUAUCCUGAAACAGACGAACAGUAUGGUAAUGAGGCUGCUCCUGAUCCAUUUAGAAAUCUUUUCCCUGAUUUUUAA